AUGGAAAAAAUCUAUGUUUUAAAAUGUAAAAAUAACAAAUAUUAUAUUGGAAAAACAUCAGAUGUUGAUCGACGAUUUGCCGAACAUUUCAGUGGUGAAUAUGGUAGUGAAUGGACAAAACGUUAUGCACCUCAAGAAGUAAUCAAAGUCGAAAAUAUGAUUGAUGAUUUUCAUGAAAUGAAAACAACUUUAGAAUAUAUGAAAAAAUUCGGUAUAGAUCAUGUUAGAGGUGCACAAUGGUCAAACAUCUAUUUGACAUCAGAACAACGAAAUAGUAUAAUGGCAGCAAUCAAUACAGAUUCAUGUUUUCAUUGCGGAGAAAAUGGACAUUUUUCGAACAAUUGUACUAAUCGAAAUCAAUCAUUUCGAACUUCACAAACAAUACAAUGUUUUAAAUGUGGAAAAUAUGGACAUUUUGCAAAUGCAUGUGAUCAUAGAUAUAAUAAGAUGCGAUGUGAACGAUGUGGCAGAGAUUCACAUUUAGAAGAUAAUUGUUAUGCCACUUUCGAUAAAGAUGGUGAAAUGUUAGAUUGUGCUCGAUGUGGACGAGAUUCACAUUGUGCUGACGAAUGUUAUGCACAAUAUGAUGUAAAUGGACGACGAUUACAUGGAUAUUAA